AAUCCAAAAUAGCUCUCUUACCCUGAACCCGUAGCACUUCCUCUCUAGUCUCCAAAAACCUCCCAACAAUAUGGCAAUCAACCAGCUCUCUGUUGCUUUUCUCCUGCUGCUCCCAUUGGCCAUCCCUUCAAUAUCUGCCUACGAAAAUGCCGCAACCAGACCAGCCGAGAAGAAAGUUGAUGUAGUUGUUGAAGGCAUGGUCUAUUGCCAAAGCUGUGAUCACUAUGGUUCAUGGUCUUUCAAUGGGGCUGAGCCAAUCCCUUCUGCUAAAGUUAGUGUCAUUUGCAAAAACCACAAGAAACAAGUAAGCUAUAACAAGGCAUAUGAAACUAAUGAGCAUGGAUAUUUCUAUGCACAACUUGAUGGGUUCAAGAUGGAUAACAAUAUUUUAGAUCAUCCUCUUCAAUCUUGCCUCGUAAAGCUUGUUUCAUCUCCUCUUGCAAAUUGUAGCCUCCUCUCCAACGUUAACUAUGGUAUCAAUGGCGCUCCACUUCGCUACGAGAACAAGGUACUUCGAGGAAGUCAUUAUGAGGCUGUGAUCUAUUCUGCUGGCCCCUUGGCUUUCCGUCCAGCUCAUUGUUCCCCUCAAACUCAUAUUUAA